GUGAUUCCAUUGGGUAAUGACAUUAGCUUCGCUUCUUCGUCACCUCUUGAUGUGAUCAGUUAUUUGUUUUUCUUUUCUCUCUUUUUCCCUUUCUCUAUUUUCUCAGAUCCCAAACCGCGUAUCCGGGCUGGAGGAGUAACUCACUUCUCUGAUUUCCAGUAAUUCAGGGAGUCCGUGGGGGGUUUUUCUGUUUUCUCUCUCGAACAUUCUGGAGGGUCAUGUGAGCUGUUUGAACUGGAUUUUAGCUAUCGGUUUGUGGCUUCUAUAGGCUUAUUGGCUUUCUUGGUGGGCUCAUGAUGGGUAAAUGCAAGGGUUGUGGGAAAUUAGGACGAAUCCUGCCAAGGGAUGGACCUGUGAGUGCCUAUGGUUCUGCUCUUCUGUGUUCCCCUGUUGUUUCUUUUUGGGAUUGCAUUGUUCGUAAGAUGAGAUACUCCUACAGACCUGAGUGGGUGUAGUCUUGGUGCUGUAUCAAUUUACUAGUUCUCAAAAGAGAAUUAAUUAGUAAUAUUUAGCAUUACUGAAUUAAAGGAGAAAGCAAGAAAGGACAGCUAUAUAGGGAAAUGUAUACUUUUUAGAAAAAAAAGCUUCAAGUAAAAAUUUAAGCAAAGGGGAGUUUGUGUUUUUGGCCUUUUAGUUUUCAUGGAUAACAAGGCAGUUAAUAAAUCUCAGCCAGUUACGAGAAAAGCAAAAAAGAAGCAGGUGAAGGAUGAGUUGGACCGCAUCAAACAGGCGGAGAAGAAAAAGAGGCGUCUGGAGAAAGCCUUGGCUACUUCCGCAGCCAUCCGUUCUGAACUAGAAAAGAAGAAACAACAAAAGAAGGAGGAACAACAACGGCUUGAUGAGGAGGGUGCUGCAAUUGCUGAGGCUGUUGCUUUGCAUGUCCUACUUGGAGAAGAUUCUGAGGACUCAUGUAAGAUUGUGCUAAAUAAGGAAGAAGACUUCAAUGGCUGGGAAUGUGCUCACAACAUUGAUCUAUUUAUGGGUGGCAGGAGAGCAUACCUUCCUCAUCAGGCUGACACAAACUGCGCAAGCUGGAUCUCUAACAUGUAUCCAGCUGGAAGCAAGUGGGUUGACUUGGGAAACAAUGAUUGGUCUUUCACUUAUGGGCCUUAUGGAAGGGAUCUACAUGUGCCAUAUUUUGAGGAUGUAGCUUGGGAUGGUGAAGGACUUUCAGCUGGUAUAUUUGCAGCACAGGCUGUUUCAGCACUCCAGAUUACAGACGAUGCUGAAGUAGACUCGGUGGUUCUUAACAGGAUGCUGAGAGGCUAGACAAGUGGUUUCGUUUUAUUAUACCCUGUUUGGUGCUGUAUUCGUCAUAUUUCUAAAUGUUGCCACUGUAUAUAUUUGUCUUGUAUGCGUCUCCCAUCUCCCAACAGAUUCUCUUGUUGAUUAUUUGGGAACAUUGUUGCACUAUCCUGCGCUCAUUUCUAUCUUGGUGUCAUGACCUGUUUCUUGAAGUUCCUCUUGUUUUUAUUUGCAAAAUGUGAAAAAGAUUUUGAUUCCUGCAUCCUAACUUAUUUU